GUGCAGUCCUUUUCUAGACCUAACCUCUAAACAUCUCUCGAAGGUGGAAUUUUUUACCGAAAGUAAUACUCUGUCUUGGGAGGAUUAAUCCUACUACCAUUGAGGGUGCAUGGGUCCAUUUCCGGAUUUAAAGAGAAAAUAAAUUUCUUCGUUUUGAGUGGUGAUAUAUACUCUACUCUAUCUUAGAAUGCCACGUGGCUUUGGGCUUUAAAUGACAUGAUCCUCUUUUCAUUGAUUCCACGCUGGUACACUUUCUCAUCUCAAUUCUCAUCAUUCACUUCAUUAUUAUUUCUCAAAACAAAGAAAUAGCAAGCUUAAGGGUCAUUGAUUGGUAAGGAAGCAGCUGGGAUUUCAUCAUUCCAAAAACUGGACUUUUUAAAUCAGUUUGUAUUAUGGAAUUCCAUAUAUCCUUUUUAGAUCAUAAAGUAACUAAGUCCUCACCAUCCCCUGCACUCUGUUGUGUAGAGGCAGUACCUCAAGAUGAACAAAAUUCUCAUAUUACAGCUUUUAAUUCAGGAGAUGGAUCAACAAACUCAGAUAAUGAAUCAUCUUCAUCAAAGAACGUGCGAGAUGUACAUAUUUCGAUGCGGUUAAUGGAGGACUUUCUUGAUCUUGCUAAAGAAAAUACAGAUAAGGAUUUGGAAACAUGUGGUAUACUUGGUGCCUUUCUUGAGAAUGGAACCCUUUAUAUGACUACACUAAUCAUACCAAAGCAGGAAUCAGCAUCUAAUUCUUGUCAAGCCACAAAUGAGGAGGAAGUUUUCACAAUUCUAAAUGAAAGAUCCCUUUAUCCUGUGGGAUGGAUCCAUACACACCCUUCUCAAAGUUGCUUCAUGUCAUCAGUGGAUCUUCACACUCAAUAUUCCUACCAGGCAAUGAUUCCUGAGGCGUUUGCCAUUGUAAUGGCACCAAAUGAUACCUCAAGGAGCUGUGGACUCUUUCGCCUAACCGAACCCGAUGGGAUGAAUAUUCUAAGAGAUUGUCCAGAGAAGGGAUUUCAUCCACACAAAGAACCAGAUAAUGGCAACCUUGUGUAUGAUCACUGCUCCAAUGUGUACAAAAACGCCAAUCUAAGUCCUACAUGAUACUUAAGCAAUGAGCACGAGCACCAGUCCUUUAGACCUGCAAGCCUCAUUUGCUAAAGAAGGCCCUUCAAACCCAAAUGCAGUCUUCUGCAGUUUGGUGUUCAUACAUGCAGCUUCUAUCUCCAACUGCCUCUGAGAUAUGUAGCACCGUCGUAUCAGAUUCAGAUUAAAGGAGUGUCAGAUAUUCGACAUAUGUCGGUGUCUAUAUAGUUGCAUUCAGUUACUCCAGUUUUUAAAAUUAUUUUAGGUGUUGGUAUCAGUGUCGUGCAUAGUGUAUGUGUCAGUGUUUCAUAGCCUCUAAUGCUUCCUCAAGUCCUUCGUCACGAUGUUUACGCUCAACAUAUUUACCAGCUCUCAUGCAUGGUGUCAUAGUCUGUCAUCACCAUUUUAGUUCUCUUCUCAGGAUGUUGCCUCCUAGUUUGAACAUCCAUGACCUUCGUAUGUCCAUUACCCUUCAUUGAGUCACUUAACAGAGUCACAAAAAACAAGACACUCACAAAGUAGAAGAUAGUAAAAUGUGAGCCAUGUAUGUACUAUUAAUAAGAAGGUACAAUCUAAAAGAAAAAAAGAA